AUGCAGUCCGUACCUAGUCUUAUUGGUGCCGGUACUGCUGUCGCCGCGGCGGCAACGGGCCUCGUAUUUGGCCAACUUGCCGAUGGUCAACUCCCACCCCCGAGCCCGGCUUCCAGCAAACGGAAAUCCAUCGUCGAGCAAGAUUCCUCCAGGCCGCUUUCCUCCCGACCCGGAACGAGGAGCUCUGCAGCACCCGGCCCUACGUACGACCAAAUCGUGCAGCACGCUGCCCAACAACUCCCACCCUCGAGCACCGCAACACUCCAACCGCGAAUCCCUCGACGGGCCUCCCACGCUCAGAUAACUCCCACCAAGUCUGCGACUGCACGAUAUUCGUACGUCAGACAAGCCGAUUUCCUUCCUACAGCCACAAUCGCCGAGGACUCGCGGGAUUCUUUCUCAUCGAACGGCUCGUGGAUGCGAAGGCUGUCUAUACGCCCGCUAUCCCAGCACGAGAGCUUGCGAUCUAGCAUUGGACCCGACUCGCCCUCCAUCUUCUCAUUCGGCUCUGCCACGCCGAUCCUGCCCCAAGCUGGAGAUUCACCACCUCAGCUGCCGCGGAAUAAACUUGUCAAGCGGACCUCGACGAAUAAUGGGGACGUGGGCUUUCUAGCACGGCGAGGAUCAAGGACACCCAUGACAUUGAGGAGGCCAGCAACCAGCCACCAGCGGUCAGCUACGUUGCAUCAAAAACUCAUCGACGAAGAUUUGGCACCGCUGCCGAAAGGCUCAUUUGAUCAGCAGCUUCGGCCUCGGGCUCGAACAGUGGCGAGUCAUCCACCAGGCCUUGCUCUAGGUACCAGUGGGAGCGAAACCCCUGCGUGGAAGUCGUUUUGGCAUUCCAGGGUAUCCCGAGGUGCAGUCAAGCCUGCCAAGGCGUCCCCUCUGAGAAGCAGUGACAGCAGUGCUCAGCCAAGUUCGAAGCGGAUCUGUGUGGAACAGCAGAACAAUCGGGGCGUCUAUUUAGUGACUCCAAACUCCGUCAUAAUGAAUCCUUCUCUGCAGGUACCUGUACCUCAGGAGUCACCCCAAGACAUCGAGUCGGAAAGGCGCAUGGACACCGAAGACAGCCCACAAACUUCCGAGAAGUCUCAGGCCACGCCCGAGGAAACUCCCUCCAAGCUACCUAGGCGGUCUAUCUCGAUGCAUUUCAGCUCACCUACGAACUGGAUCUCCAAGACUGGAAGCAUUCGGCGGCGCAAACGUGGUGACACGGCAGACGGUAAUAAGCGGCACGUUUCUGCACCGCUCACGAAGACUAACGUGUCGACCCCAGUUGGCAACAGGAAUGGUGCAGCAGGAACUGACACAGGUGCGGAGGUCAGCCAUGCCGAAUCUGAACUUGCUGCCAUAUUCCACCCUCCGGAACUCAGGCGGAACGUUUCGUCCCCAUUGCCACCCAUAUCUCGACUUUCUGACUUUGAUAUUGACCUAAACCGUCUCGCCGCAUCGGCUUCUCCCCCCCUUGAUCGCCCAAACGAGGCGACACUGAACAGUACGCCAAGCUUGAGAGUUAACUCGUAUGCGUCACAGACCCGGACACUGGAGCGUGCUUCUACAGUCGGCAGCUCUGAGUAUCACCGUGGGUUUACUUCUGGUGACGACGACGAUACGACCGACACGCCAUUUGACUCGUUCCGGACCAUAGCAUCAGGUCACCGGAGGGCCCUUGACAGUCCGCUAGAGUCCAUGUUCGACGAGUCUCCGCCCAGCACUGCGGGCAAUAAUAGUAAGCCGAAACGCUUAUCGAUUCAGGAGAUACUCGGGCCCUCAUUUGAUGGUGGCAAUAAGAUUAUGGAAGAGGAUGAAGGGGUCCCAACUCCUGUACGCGGAGGUUACGAAGAUGCCGAGACGCAUUUCCGUGUUGGCGGUACCGACGACGAGAUCGAGUCUAUACAUCAUCCCACACUACCCGACCUUACCUUGGAUAGAGACUAUGGCCGUUUAUCACUGGAUGACGAUGACGACCUCGACUGGGCCAGAGAAGACGAUGUCGAGAUAUAUAACCACCUAUCUCCCCCAAGCUCGAUGAACUCUCGCCGAGGUAGUCCGAACCUGCGAACAGCCUUGGGCAGCGGUGUCAAGAAGAGGUCGGAUGUACGAUUUGACUCUUCCAGCGAACGACCACGAAGCACCGUCUUUGACUGGGCCGAACCCGCAGUGCAUGACAAGCAUGACAACGACGACCUUGCCCCGCGGCCAAAGACAGUCCAUGGCAAACACGAACUAGAGGCGAGAGGUGGACGCUCGGCUAGCCGGAAAGGCCCUACAGCGACUCACGUCCGAAGUCAGAGUGUACCCAUUGUGCCCGAUCAGCUGGAAAUUGCAAAGUCGGUUCCCAAAUUCGGAACGUGGGGACUGGGUCAGAAAAAUAUCAGUGAGGAUUGGGAUGAUGAUUUCGAUUUCGAGGAAGAGGGAGAUCUCGGAUCGACUGUCGGAAAGGUGGACGAAAACCGGUUCUCCAUGCUUGUGCCCGCGUCCAUUCAAGCAACGCAACCGACAGUCAAGGCUCAUUCUGGACAGAUCCGGGAAUUGUCGCUGCUCGUUAACGACCUAAAGCGCCUCUGCCGCUUGGGGCGCGAGAUGGAGAUGCUUGAUGGCCCGUCAGUGAAGUUGUGGCGUGAAGCACAAGGCAUCAUCGCCUUGGCCUCGCCUGACGAUGACGUGUCAGAAAACGACGAUGCCAAGGAGGCAGACAGCGGCUUAGACCUAGACUUCGUGGACGCUCGGUUCAUCGACCAAGGUUUUGAUGGUGCUUCUCUAGACGAUUCUAACAGCAUGAAGGCUGGGGAAAACCACCGGAACUCAGUUGUCCGAGGUCGCCACUUGGGCCGCCGUCGGUCUGUGUUCUCCCCCGAGGACGAUAUCUUCGGGACGUGGGAUCAAGCCGACGAGGAAGUGGCGCAUGCUCGUCCUCAGACUCCAGAGAAUCGAAACGGCAGUAUUGCCAGGUCUGUGAUGGAAGCAAUGCAACUAAGACGCACCAGAUCGAUGGUGAAUCACGACGAUCCUUCCAAUGGGAAGCUGAACUUCGACACGAACAGUCUGAAGGAGCUGGUCAAACGAGCGAGCGAUCUGCGUGACGGCCUGUCCGAUUUGGUCCGCAAGGCAGACCACAUCACGCAAAGUCCGGCGAGAACUCCCAAACACACAAGGUCGAAUGGGAGUCCUGCCUUUACUCGCGUGUUCGACGAUCCGGCAUCUAGUCCAACUAGACGAAUUCCGCAUAGUCACAGCAGCAACUCUGUUCUGAGCGGCACCUCCGUGGGUGCCUCGCCGUCUAAUGGACUUAAUCAGCGCAUGCAGAUGAUGACCGUCAGUUAG